UUGUACAACUUCAAAAGCCCUGGAAUUGCUAUGGCCAUGUACAACACCGACGAGUCCAUUCGCGCGUUCGCUCACUCCAGUUUCCAGGUGGCAUUGCAGAAGAAAUGGCCUUUAUAUUUGUCUACUAAGAACACAAUUUUGAAGCGUUAUGAUGGUCGUUUCAAGGAUAUUUUCGAAGAAAUUUAUCAGAGUGAUUAUAAGAAGCAAUUCGAAGAUGCAAAGAUAUGGUAUGAGCACCGGUUGAUCGACGACAUGGUUGCGCAGGCCAUCAAGGGCUCGGGCGGGUUCGUGUGGGCGUGUAAGAACUACGAUGGUGACGUCCAGUCGGACGUGGUAGCACAGGGCUACGGUUCGUUGGGCAUGAUGACAUCAGUUCUGAUGUGUCCGGACGGUCGCACGGUGGAGUCCGAGGCUGCUCACGGCACGGUGACCCGCCACUACCGCAUGCACCAGCAGGGCAAGCCCACCUCCACCAACCCUGUGGCCUCUAUCUACGCCUGGACCAGGGGCCUCAUACACCGUGCCAAGCUCGAUGACACUCCUGAACUCGAGAAGUUCGCACUGGCACUUGAAGAUGCUUGUGUUGAAUGCAUCGAUAGCGGUAAAAUGACGAAAGACUUUGAUUGUAUCCACGGACUGAAGAAUACUAAAGAAGGCAUGUACUUACAUACCGAAGACUUCCUCCUAGCUAUUGCUGACCAACUCGAGCGCAAGUUGUCUUCCAAGUAAACGUAUUUAAGUAUCAAUCAG